AUGGCGGAGUCGAGGGCUAUUAUUUGUACCGCUGCUGGCAAGCUCGACAUUCAGCCAAUGCCCAAGCAAAAGUUGCCGCCCGGCCAAGUCCUUGUAAAGACAAAGGCUGUGGCACUCAACCCGACUGAUUGGAAGGCCAUAGAUGACCCGUCUGGGUUCGCUGCAGGAACCCGUCUGGGCGUCGAUUUUGCUGGCACCAUUGAAGAAGUUGGGCCUGAUGUAAAGAAGGGGUUCCAAAAGGGCGACAGAGUGUGCGGCGCAGCUUUUGGAGCCAAGGAUCGCGAGCAUGGCGCCUUUGGCGACUACACAAUGACCAAGGAACAUGUCGUCGUCAAGUUUCCCGACCACCUUAGCUUCGAGCAGGCUGCCACCCUCGGCGUCGGCAUCACCACCUGCGGCCAAGCUCUGUACCAGCUUCUGAACCUGCCCCUUCCUCCAGCCGCAGCGGCCGAGCCGCCGCAGACCAUCCUGAUUGGCGGCGGGAGCACCGCGACGGGCGUGCUGGGCAUCCAGUACGCCAAGCUCUCGGGCCUGCGCGUGCUCGCCACCGCAUCGCCUCGCCACUUUGACUACCUGCGGCCGCUGGGCGCCGACGUGCUCCUCGACUACCACGCGCCCGUCGCGGACCUCGUCGCCCAGAUCAAGGCCGUUACCGCAGAGGAAGACCUCACCCUCGCCUGGGACUGCAUCCACAGCGAGCAUUUUCAAAACGCGCUCGCGCCGGCGGACCUGCUCCAGGACAGGAACCCAAUGGUGGAGGCCAGGUUUCAGCUCGGCUACACGGCGUUUGGCGAGUCGUUUGAGCGCGGCGGACACGUGUUUCCGGCGGUGCCCGAGGAUGUGGCCUUUGCGGCGGCGUUUUGGGAGCGGAGCGCGAAGCUGCUCGAGGAGAAGCAGCUGCAGCCCAUCAAGGAGACGGUCAACCGAGGAGGACAAGGAUUAGAGGGUGUGAUUGCAGGUCUCGAGGACCUUCGACAGGGUAGAGUCUCUGGCACGAAACUGGUCUAUUCGUUGUGA